AUUACAAUUUGCAAUACUAUAAACAGGAGGGUACUCUCUCUACGGGAGAACAUUUGACAGCAACUGCGGCAAAGGCGAAUUGCACGGGCCGGAGCAAGCAGCAGCUUGCCGUCCACAUCAUCAGGAUCCAUGCCGAUUGGAGGAUGAGCACACCAUUCUGCUUUGCUUGCCGUCCCAUGCGCACUCGCUCAGCUUUGGUGCCCGGCUGCCCGUCGCCUUUCUUUAUCCUUAUCCGACCGACCUCGCUGUUUUUCACCACGGCUGCGGCACCCUCCGCUGGGAUAUUGGAAAGCACAUAUAUAUGGCUAGAAUAUUACUCAACCAAUUGCGCACACAACAUGCCAAAGAUGCCAUUCCUAGGAACGGCCAUCCUUAAAACCUGAAGCAUCGGUGUUUACGACGAGACCAUAAGACAAACCAAACGUUCUUCCUUGUUUCCUUGUUAUUGCCACACACGACAUAAGGAAGAGGGAUGGAAGAAGAGGAAGAGGCGAAGAAACAUGUGAAAAUGUUGCAGCUGCCUGGUGUUGAAUCUCUUCUAUCCAAUGGAGGAAAGGAAGUACCUCUGUCCUCCAUUGAAGGGAAGAUGGCCUGCCUCUUCUUCUCAGCUCACUGGUGCAGGCCAUGUAGGAACUUCACCCCAAAGCUAGUCCAAAUCUACACAAUGCUCCGGAACACUGGAAAGAAUAUCGAAAUAAUCUUCAUAUCACUUGACCAUGACGAGACCAGCUUCUUGAAUCACUUCAAAAGCAUGCCAUGGCUCGCUUUGCCAUUCAACACUAGCCUAAGGAGAAAGUUGUGCAGCCAUUUCGGCAUUGAGCAUAUCCCCGCAUUGAUUCCUUUGUCAGAAACACCAUCUGGUGGAUUGGGAUUCGAAGAUGAUGUAGUGAAGCUGGUUGAGGAGUAUGGAGUAGAUGCAUACCCUUUCAGUGCAAAGAGGAGAGGGGAGCUGGAAGCCAUGGAUGAUGCCAGGAGACAAGGAGAUAAUAGAAAGGCACUACAGCAAGGAGAGCGUGAUCUUAUGCAUCAGGAUCUUACUAAUUUUGUUGUGCAAGAGAAGAUUUCUAUAGCUGACCUUACUGGGAAGACUAUCGGCCUGUACUUUGGGGCACACUGGUGCCCACCUUGCCGCGCCUUCACGAAACAGCUGAUGGAGGUGUACAAUGAGCUGAAGAUAUUGAGACCUGGAAGUUUUGAGGUUAUCUUCAUUUCCAUAGACCGCAGCAAAGAGGAAUUCCAAGCAAGCCUAAGUGCAAUGCCUUGGCUUGCCAUUCCCUAUUCUGACACUGCCACACAAGAGCUAACAAGAGUCUUCGCUAUCAAGGGCAUCCCAGCACUCCUGAUACUUGGUUUGGAUGGUAAAGUUCUAAAAACAGAUGGCAGAACAGCAAUUUCAGCUUAUGGUGCAACAGCAUUCCCAUUCACGGAAUCUAGAGUUUCUGAGGUGGAUGAAGCGCUCAGGAAGGAAGGAGACAAGCUGCCUCGCCAAGUGAACGAUCCACGACACAGUCAUGAGCUUGAAUUGGACAUGGCCAAGGCCUACAUCUGUGAUGAAUGCCUGCAGAAGGGGAGGCAUUGGGUGUUCUCUUGUAAGCAGUGUAACUUUGAUCUUCACCCCUCCUGUGUGGAAGAAAGUAAUUAACGAAGACAGCAUCUAAGAUAUGUGUACAGCAAAACUACGCAGUUUUAGCAUCAAUGUGGUCUAACGAAAUGCUCCUAAUAUCAUGCUAUAAACUUGGACUCCAUGAAAGCAAUGGAUAAGAGUCCUAUGUGCUGAA